UCAUCAGGUACUUCAAUUUUUCUCUACUGAAUUUCACAUUUUACCCAUUCAAAUAACCACUUAUUUUUAUGUUGAUUCAGUUUCAACAUUCAUUGCUCUGUUCCAAACCCAUUAAUUUUUAGUUAAUUCAUCAAUCUCAACAUGGAAUCUGUGUCAAAGAACCCUAGAACUAAAGUUGCGAAAUAUCCAUCCAAAAACCCUAAUAGACAAUCAACACCAAUUGCUAAACCUAAUCAUCAAACCAAUGAGUUUCCAUCUCAUCUUGAUACCCAAAACGUAUCAUCAACAGCUCGAACCCUUUGCAAUCUACUCACCCGAACAUCCCCUCAGGAGAUUGACUCUGCUUUAUCCUCUUCUGGGAUUCAUCCUUCUGAAGAAUGUGUUCAUGAGGUUCUUAAGCUUUCUUAUAAUUACCCUUCUUCGGCCAUCAAGUUUUUCCGGUGGGCCGGGCGUUUGAGAAAACACUCGGCCCACGCGUGGAACUUGAUGGUUGAUUUAUUGGGCCGGAAUCAGCUUUUCGAGCCCAUGUGGGAUGCUGUUAGGACUAUGAAGCAAGAAGGUGUGCUGUCUUUGCCCACCUUUGUUUCGGUUUUUCAGAGCUAUUGUAUGGCUGGGAGGGUUAAUGAGGCUGUUAUGAGUUUUGAUGUGAUGGAUAGGUAUGAUGUUGAGAAGAAUGUUGUGGCAGUUAAUUCCUUGCUUAGCGCGAUUUGUCGCGAGGAGAAUCAGACUUCGGCGGGUGUGGAGUUUUUGGAGAAGGUUAAGGGGAAGGUUGAUUUGGAUGGGGAUAGUUUUGCGAUAUUGUUGGAGGGAUGGGAGAAGGAAGGGAAUCCUGCUAAAGCGAAGAGUACUUUUGGUGAGAUGGUGAUUCGGGUUGGUUGGAGUCGGGAUAAUGUAGCGGCUUACGACGCGUUUUUGAUGACUCUUCUUCAAGCUUUGCAGUUUGACGAGGUUGUGACGUUUCUUAAAGUUCUGAAGGACAAUGACUGUUUUCCAGGUUUGAAGUUCUUUACCAAUGCUCUUGAUGUGCUUGUUAAGCGAAAUGAUGCUCUUCAUGCUAUCCCUUUGUGGGAUGUCAUGGUUGUUAGUGGAUUAUUGCCUAACUUGAUCAUGUAUAAUGCCAUGAUUGGGUUGCUUUGCAACAAUGGCGAGAUUGAUCACGCGUUUCGCCUGCUCGAUGAGAUGGUUCUCCAUGGAGCUUUUCCAGACUCUCUGACGUAUAACAUGAUAUUUGAGUGUUUGGUGAAGAACAAAAGGGUUCGUGAAACGGAGAGGUUCUUUGCCGAGAUGAUCAAGAAUGAAUGGCUGCCCACAGGUUCUAAUUGUGCUGUGGCCAUCGAAAUGUUAUUUGAUUGCGAUGACCCUGAUGCAGCACUUGAGAUUUGGAGUCACAUGGUUGAAACCCAUGUAGGGGUACUUGAGGUGAGUGCAAAUAUCUUGCUCAUUGGUCUUUGUAAAUUGGGUAGAUUGUCGGAGGUGAGAAGGUUUGCAGAAGAAAUGCUUGAUAAAAGGAUCGUCAUAUAUGAAUCUACAAUGACCAAGUUGAAGGAAGUGUUCCGUAAGGAUGGUAGAAGUGCAAGAGACAGAUUUGAUACUCUUUACAGGAGAUGGAAAGCUCAAGUCAAGUUGUAAUCUAGAAUUCUUUUUCUUUCCUUCAUGUUUUAAUAGUUUUACAAUUAACUGCUGGUGUCUAUUGUGUCAGAGACAAGCAGAUUUUGCUUGUUCUUGAUUUGGCUUUGCCCUGAAAACAAUGCUCUACAAAUUUAAUCAUUACAACUCCACGGUAGAAUUUCCUCGACAA